GAGAAAAAGAAGCCGAGGAGAUGCAAAGAAGGAAGGAUACAUGGAAACGGAAAAGAAGUCCAAACGUGAAGGGGAUAAGGACAACAAAGCCAAAAUGGAGGUAAGGAAAGAUGAAUCCGCUGAGGAGGACAGAAGGGAAACAAGCCAAGAAGGACGUAAACCAGGAGAAGGAGCUAAGGAAGGCGGAGGGAGAAAGGAGACAGCAACAAUGAAGGAAGGACACAUGGAAAGAAAAGUUAAGAGGAGCCAAAGAGAAGGACCUAAAGAGGACGCAAGGAAUAAGACAUAAGGAAAGCUAUCCAAGAAGGAAGGUGAGAAGGAGACACAAGUCAAAUGGGGACAAACACACAAGGAGACAAGGAAAAUAAAUCUGAAGCAAGGAGCUAAGGGAGAGACAAGGAGAAGAUGUCAAGAAUAAAGGACCCAAGGAGAUAAGGAAAAGGAAUCAAGGAGUUGAGGGUAACAAGGAGAAGGACGCGGGGAAAAGGAAGGAGGAGACAAGGACACGAGAACCACAAACCAGGAAGUAAGUGAAAGAGAUGAGGAAAUCAAAGGGAAGGAGACUAAAGAUAAGGACACAAGAAAAGCAAGACGUUGAGUAGAGGAGGAAACUUAAACCAAUGAGAUGACAAGGAGGUAAGGGAGACACAAAGGGAAGGAGACAAAGAAGGACAAGAAGUAAAGAAAAAAGGACCCAAGGAGAUGAGGAAAAGGAACCAAGGAGUUGAGGACAAGGAGCUAAGGAAGGAGUGUAACAAGGAAAGAAAGUCAAAAAAGGAAGGAGUGAAGGAACAUUAGUCAAAAAGGAAGGCAGGACACAAGGACAAUAAGGCAAGGAACGACGAUCAAAAGAGGAGACAAGGGAAGUAAUUCAAAGAAGGAAGCAGGCAAGGAGAAAAGUAAAGAAGGGCGGAACCCAAGGAAAAGAAAAUAAGAAACAAGUCAAAAGAAGAGAGACAAGAAUACAAGACGAAUGAAACAAGGAAAAGAAGAUAAGAAGGGGAGGAGAUAAGAGCACAGGGAGAAAAGAAACAUCCAUCCAUUUUCCGUACUGCUUACAGGGAAAAGAAAAUAGGAGAGAAUGAAAUCAAAAGGAAGGAGAGAGAGAAGAAAUUUGAUUGGCAGCUCGUGACGGCCAAUCGCCUCCCACCUCUUGGCCAAUGAGCGCGUAGGGGGCGGGGCUAAUUUAAGUAUCUGUGAGGAGCUGGCGAGCUGUUGUCAGGGAAAAGGGCGAAGGUGGAACAAGGCAGCAAACAUGGCCCACACCGGAGAACAUUGCGCUACAGCAGCCAGUUUUGCCAUGGGCAACACGACCGUCACUGACAGCACGACUCCAUGUGUCCAGAAUCUAACGGAGACGGAUGCCUUCAGGAGCAAUAAGCUUUUGGACCCCACUGAGGAGUACAGGAUGGACUACAGACGACGAGGCCGGGCGCUCAUUUUUAACCAGGAACGCUUCUUCUGGCGCCUUGGCAUGAAUGACCGGCUUGGCACUAACGUUGACCGCUACAACCUGGAGAUCAGGCUGAAGGCGCUCAACUUUGAGGUGAAAGUUUAUGACAACUACAAAAAUGCGGAAGUCCUUGAGAUAAUCCAUGAAGCUGCUGAGGAAAACCACUCUGAUGCCGAUUGCUUCGUGCUCAUUUUCCUGAGCCACGGCGAGGACGAGCAUGUGUACACCAACGAUGGGAAAAUCAGCAUCCAGCACAUUACCUCGCUCUUCAAAGGAGACCAGUGCCAAAGCCUAGUCGGGAAGCCCAAGAUCUUUGUGUGGCAGGCAUGUCGUGGAGACAAGCACGACAACCCCGUGGUGGCCUAUGACGCUGUGGACAGCGAGCUGCAGACAAAUGAGGUGGUCGUUGACGCCAGCGCUGUUCACACGCUUCCGGCCGGAGCUGACUUCAUCAUGUGCUACUCGGUGGCAGAAGGAUACUACUCGCAUCGGGAUACAGUGAACGGCUCGUGGUACAUUGAAGACCUGUGCGAGCUGCUGAGGAAGUACGGCGACUCUCUGGAAUUCACCGAACUCCUGACGCUGGUCAACCGCAUUGUGUCUGAGAGGAGCGUCUUGGCCAGCAGGGACAGCGAGUCCAUCGGCAAGAAGCAGGUGCCGUGCUUCGCCUCCAUGCUCACCAAGAAACUCUACUUCCGCCCCAAAAAGUAAACAUUCCGCCACUUCUUGCAUCCAUCCUAAAUGCCUUGACAAAUGAUACCAGGAACAAUUCUUUAAUUCUCAGAGAUCCCCCUGCUUAUUUUCUUUCUCUUGUUUGAAUGUAAAUCAAACAGUGUAGACUGGGUUGGUAGAACCUUUGUUUAUUCAAUGGACCUCUUGUCUUGAGAUCGACUGUAGUUUGUUUUCGGAAAUUCGAUUGUGCUGUCCAGUUCCCUACGCAGUACAUUACCGCUCCCCCAACCUCAAAGACCUCACUGCUAGUUACAGCCAUGACGAACAGGAACUCUUAAAUGUAAUAUGUAAACCCAAGUACAGCAGAGUACAACUAAGAAAUUAUUUUAUAAAAAUUAGCACUACUAUAUAUUUUUAUUGAAAUGUAUUGAAAUUAGGCGGCACGGUGGGCGACUGGUUAGAGCGUCAGCCUCACAGUUCUGAGGACCCGGGUUCUAUCCCCGGCCCCGCCAAUGUGGAGUUUGCAUGUUCUCACCGUGCCUGCGUGGGUUUUCUCCCACAUCCCAAAGACAUGCAUUAAUUGAAGACUCAAAAUUGCCCGUAGGUGUGAGUGCGAAUGGUUGUUUGUUUCUAUGUGCCCUGCGAUUGGCUAGUGACCAGUUCAGGGUGUAGCCCACCUUUUGCCCGAAGAUAGCUGGGAUAGGCUCCAGCACGCCCGCGACCCUAGUGAGGAGAAGCGGAAUAAAAGAUGGAUGAAUGCAUUGAAAUUGUAUCACUGCCCCCAAAAUUUGUUGUUCCAGAAAUGUUCUGUUCGGAACUUAAGUCACAGUCCCAUUCCUCUAAUCCUUAUGAAGUCAUUUUCAAAUACGUUCAAAUAUCACAUGCUUUGCUUCACAAAUAAACUUUAUUUUCAGUGCUCAAGUCGCGUGGAACCAGCCACUCAGUCCCAGAAUUACAAAAAUGGUUCAGUCCCAUUAGUUUAUCCACAAACCACCAAGUAGCCUGCUAACAAAUGACCCCAUAAUGAAAUACAACAUACCCUAAUUCAUUUGGUUUCAGGAAAUUUUCUUUUCUGCGCUUAGGUCUCGAGGACACCCUUCCCCUUUGGUCGAAGAAUAAAAAAAUCGGUACAGUGAUCUUGUCCAUUUAUUCGUAAUGAAGUAGCUUUAUAAAAAUGCAGCACCUCUGUUUUUACCAUUUUUAACUUAGCACGUCAGCUCUGUGCAAUGACAAAUACUAAUUCUAACAGACAACCUUGAAAUACACACUGGCUCUUCAACUGAAGAAACAUUUUAGUGUAAAGUUUAACAACUGGUACGAGGUGUCCCUGUUAUGGUUCGUUUACACUUUUACAAACUUUGCAGUUGACCACAUUUUGAGACUUUCUAUAUGCUGUUUUUUUUAAAAAAGAGAUUCAUGUAUCUGCGUGUGUUUGUUGGUCUUUUGAUUUGCAAGUGGACGAACAAAAAAAUGGGAUUUUUUAUUUUUUUUGUAUCCAAAACAGCAGCUGACACCAGUGAUGACUGUACCUCAGGGAGGAUGGGUGUGUGUAUUUUAUUUUAUUUUUUUUCAAAACCUUUGCUACUUUUGUAAAAAGACAUGAUCUACUGAAUGACUCAGGAACAACAGAGCCACUGUCAAACGCCAAUCCCACUUUAAUCAUCUGUUUUAGUGUCGUUUUCCUAGUGACAAACAGGAGAUUCAGUAAAUGAGUUUAUUUCAGUAUUCCAGUUUUUGUUUUUGUCCCUCUUCCAAAGACAACCAUCAUCAAUAUUCCUGAUUAAAAAUGCAGCAUUAUGAAAAUAA